AUGUGCAAUACUAAUAUAGCAACCUGUUCAUCUGGUCUGGCAUUCAAUUGUACCGUUCCAACAUUUAUAACAUCAACCACAACAACCUUCAAUAUUACAACAAAUAAUACAACUACAAUUUCUUCGACUACUAUUAUGAAUACGACAUCAAAUGCUUCAUUGGUCAAUACGACGGCACCCACUGUCACGAACACUGCCUCAAACGCGACAACUGUGAUCACAACUGCGACUUCUUCAAGCAGUAAGUAAAAUUGAGAAUAACGCGUUCGUCUAGGGUAAACACAUUUUAGCUAUUAUGAAUACGACAGUAAAUCCUUCAUUGGACAACCCAAAUUUAUUGAAAAUUAAGUCAUUUAAUGGCAUAGAAGGGACAAUUAAUAAAUAAAAGAAGAUCGCUAGUCGAAUUGUAUUGUCUAAUUGAGUUAUAAAUUUGAUUUUGGUCUCUUCGAGUCUUCUUGUUUGUAGAAUGCAAACAUUCUUUUAGGAAUCAAAAUCGGAAAGUAGUGAUUAUUCGCCAUUACUUCAGUCUAUAUGAUGAAGGCCGUUUUGGCAAGGAAAUAUUGUAGAAUUUUUGAUAACCUUAGUGCGCUAUUCUGAAUGAGAAGUUUGUCAUACGGUUUUAGAAAUAUUGCUAUUUAAUUUCUUUUGACAAAAGGUGUGGCAUCAAAUGGUAAUAGCACUACUGCAGCAUCGAACUCUGCAUCGUCAGACUCUGCUACACAGGUUACUUCUUUCGUGCUUGUUCUAAAAUAGUGACUGUUUCAUUGCUUUUUAAAAUUGUUAGAAUUCAGUCAACACUGGUUUGACCAUUGGCGUUAUAGUAUGCGGAGCACUCUUCCUCGUCAGUACAUCAGUUGCAGUCGUAUUGGUUAUCAAGUUAUGUAAAAAGUAAAUUUUAUCUUAUUGAACUUUGUAAUUUUAUUAUUUCAGUGUUUUUACACUUAUAGGAGUACACCGUUCACAAACCGAAUUAAACCUGAAAACGAUCUAAGCAACUCAGUCGAAUCAAUGAAAGAAACAAAACCUGAAAACGAAAUAAACAACUCAGUCGAAUCAAUAAAAGGAACAAAAGCUGAAAACGAAAUAAGCAACUCAGUCAAAUCAAUGAAAGAAACAAAACCACAAACUCCGCUUCAUGAAAUGAUUCGAGCGAAUCGUACCCAUUAUUUACGGAUGAAUACUCGCAAAAAGUCCGGAUGAAACCAUAAUUCAAUUGAACUACGAGAGAAAGACUCCUUUUUUUUGCUUUCCGAUGGAAUUUUCAAUUCUAUAUCACGACAGCGUUUGAAUUAGAAUUUCUCAAUUACAGCAUGAAACAAGUAUUCUCUUCACUAUCUCAUUAAGAGGAAUUCUUUUAAGGGGGCCCCCUCAGAAACGAACGUUUUUAUUUUUCCAUGGAAUUCAACCAAAAUUUCAGAGAAUGUUAGUCUUGACCGGAGUAGAUUAUGGUUAAAAUAUCUUCUCAAAUCUGUGAGUUAUUCACGAGUUAUCAUCUAUCUAUUGGUCAAAAGUACCCUGUACACUGGCAAGAUUUUCACAUUCAGGACACGAGCUAAUAUAGCAGGGCUGUUUUUAAGUUGUAGAGUACCCUUGGUGCUAGAUCAUCACAGAGUCUGAUUUUCGAAAUUCCCAUUAUUUGUUUUAUAAAAACCAUUUUCCAAAAACUUCUCAAAUUCAUGACCUAAAAACCGCUAAUAUAAAUGAGACAUGUGAGUUUUUUAUUUGGCCAAUAGAGAAAUACAAAAAUAUCGGGCUCUGUGAGGAUCUAGCCCUAACUGCCUUCUAUGUAAUAAAAAAACAUUAUCAUUUCCAUGUCGAUUCGUUGUGGAAAAAAACCUGCCCGCGUAAACUGCAUGCACGAAAAAAACUGAUUUUGAGAAAAACGAAAAAUAAGUAUUAGAAACCGAUUUUUCCUAAAAAAUCACCUGAUUUAUAUAUCAAUAUUCAAGACAGGCUAUAAAUAUGUGACCUUAAUAUUAAGUUUUAAUAGUCUCGUAGUGAUUAUCAUAAAAAAAACUUUGCCAAAUACUGAUGCAAAGACAAAGGAGCCUAAAAAGUCGAAAAAGCUUGAAAAAAACCUGUGAAAAUUUCUCGAAAAAUUUGAUAGGAGGAGCCGAGUUUUAGAUGAUAAACUCUUCAAAAUCAAUUCAUUUUUUGAUAAACCAUAGAUAUUCUGAAAGAGGAGACUUUGGUACAUCUUCCUAUGAUAAAACUUCAAUCUCGACUCAUCUCCGAAAAAUUGGAUUUUCUGAGGAGAGGCCCUUAAAAAGAAUGAUUAUUCAUACUAUUUAGGGUGUGGAUGUGGAUGUGGAUGUGAGGCGCGAGUGUGCGUGUGGGU